GAGGGUAGUGGAGCGGCGCAGCCGCCAUGUUGGGUCUUAGGCGGCUGCUGUAAGCGCCGACGGAGCGAGCGGGUUUGCGGAGCGGUGACAGCAGUGUGGGAUCUGCCUCUCUGGGAGCGGCCCAGAGCGGCGGCGUCUGCGGCGUCAUGAGCGGGGGCACCCCUUAUAUCGGCAGCAAGAUCAGCCUUAUUUCCAAGGCGGAGAUCCGCUACGAGGGCAUCCUUUACACCAUCGACACAGAGAACUCCACCGUAGCCCUAGCGAAAGUUCGGUCCUUUGGUACAGAAGACAGACCAACAGAUCGUCCAAUACCGCCUCGAGAUGAAGUGUUUGAAUACAUUAUAUUCCGUGGGAGUGAUAUUAAGGACCUCACUGUUUGUGAGCCACCGAAACCACAAUGUUCUUUGCCUCAGGACCCAGCUAUUGUUCAGUCUUCACUAGGCUCAUCUACUUCUUCAUUCCAGUCAGUGGGUUCCUAUGGACCUUUUGGCAGGAUGCCGGCAUACAGUCAAUUCAGCCCAAGUUCAUUAGUCAGCCAGCAAUUUGGUGCUGUUGGUGUUGCUGGAAGCUCCUUGACAUCUUUUGGAACAGAAACAUCAAACAGCGGUACCCUAUCCCAAAGUAGUGCAGUUGGUUCUGCCUUUACACAGGAUACAAGAUCUCUAAAAACACAGUUAUCUCAAGGUCGUUCAAGCCCUCAGUUAGACCCUUUGAGAAAAAGCCCCACCAUGGAACAAGCAGUACAGACCGCCUCAGCCCACUUACCUGCUCCAGCACCUGUUGGGAGAAGGAGCCCAGUGUCAACCAGGCCUUUACCAUCUACCAGCCAAAAAGCAAUAGAGAAUCAAGAGCACAGGCGAGCUGAAGUACACAAAGUUACAAGACCAGAAAAUGAGCAACUCAGAAAUGAUAGCAAGAGACAAAUAGUUCCAGGUGCUCCUUCAGCUCCAAGGAGAGGGCGUGGAGGUCAUCGAGGUGGCAGGGGAAGAUUUGGUAUUCGACGAGAUGGUCCAAUGAAAUUUGAGAAAGACUUUGACUUUGAAAGUGCAAAUGCACAAUUUAACAAGGAGGAAAUCGACAGAGAGUUUCAUAAUAAACUAAAAUUGAAAGAAGAUAAACUUGAGAGACAGGAGAAGCCUGUAAAUGGUGAAGAUAAAGGAGACUCAGGAGUUGAUACCCAAAACAGUGAGGGAAAUGCAGAUGAAGAAGAUCCACUUGGACCUAAUUGCUAUUAUGACAAAACUAAAUCCUUCUUUGAUAAUAUUUCUUGUGAUGAUAACAGAGAACGGAGACCAACCUGGGCUGAAGAAAGAAGAUUAAAUGCUGAAACAUUUGGAAUCCCACUUCGUCCAAACCGCAGCCGUGGAGGGUACAGAGGCAGAGGAGGUCUUGGUUUCCGUGGUGGCCGAGGGCGUGGUGGUGGCAGAGGUGGUACCUUUACCACCCCUCGAGGAUUUCGUGGUGGAUUCAGAGGUGGUCGUGGCGGCAGGGAGUUUGCAGAUUUUGAAUAUAGGAAAACGACAGCUUUUGAACCCUAAAAGGUCUGGAUUGAUCAUACAGCUUUCUGAAAGAAAGACAACAAAGUUGCUGCAUAGUCUCCAAACAAGUCUUUGAAAAUAGGUGAAUUUCUAGCUCUUCAUGGUCCUGAGAAUUUGUUUCAGUCUUUGCGAAGAAUGAAGAAGUGAAUUCGCUGUAUAUUUGUCACCAGCACUGGGUUUUUGUUCGUUUGUUUUUCUGCUUAAUUUCAAAGAUAAAAUGCAGUUACUUUUUGGGGGAAAUGCUCAUCUGUGAAAAUGAGCAUUAAAUAUAUUUGGAAUAGCAGAAGGUUAAAUAAUUUCUUAUGUAUAGUUAAACUAAAGCAGUACUUCAGUGGGACUUAAUAAGUAUUUUUUCAUCACUGAAAGGAUUUUUCUUAUCACUAAAUUGUAUUUGGCAAUUAUUGUAAGUUGCAAAUAGGGCCGUGAUACUGUGUUUUGAGCCACAGAAGGUGUGUGUGUGUGUGUGUGUGUGUGUGUGUGUGUGUGUGUGUGUGUGUGUGUGUGUGUGUGUGUGUGUGUGCGUGCGUGUGUGUGUGUGUGUUUCUUUUUGGAAAUCCUGUAAUAUCCCUUUGAGGUAGCUUAUUUCGUCAAUUAAUUAGGGUGCUGGAUGGUAGAUGAUUCUGUCAAGUCAACUAUGUACACACAGUAAAUACUGUUUCUUAGGCAAAGGUAACUUUUUUAUAUAGUUGUAAAAUUCCAUUAUAUUCCAUUGCCAAAGAAACAUUAAGAACUUUGUAUAGCUGUAUAAAAAGCAACUAAUUUUCUAAAGAAUAAACAUUUUAAAGUCCGCAAACAUACUGUGUCCUUGGAGAAGUUAAUGUUCUGAGGAGCAAAGCUGUUAUGGGUGGGUCCUUUUUCCAUAGCUUUCCAGGCUAAAGAAUUCUGAUUUGGGGUUGCUUUUUUUUAGUAUUUGGAACAUAAAUGAAGAUUUUAUACAUUCUUCCAGUAUCUAAAAAGGCUAAAUUACUCAUGCUCAUUGUGAGAACUUAAUUUUAUAGCAAAUGGCAUAUCACAGGAUUUGUCCAAAUAAUAGAUAUUUUCAGGAUACAAAUGUAAAUAAUCAUAGAUAAGAAUGUAUGUAGUUGUAUUUUCAAAUAAGUACCCUCCCUUUUUUAAGACAAUAAAGCUAGGCAACAAUUAAUCUGUUCUUCCUAAUAUGCCUAGAAUUUUGUUGUGAUACUUUGACUCACUCCAUUAUAUUUCAAGAGGAUUCACAAUGUUAGAAUUAUUUUGACAACCUGUAAGAUACCGUAACACUGAUCCUUGGGCCUGUGACCCACAAAUGACUCACUGUGGGUUCACUGCUAGUUAUAAAUAACAAGUAAAUCUUUUUGAUAUUUUAAGCUAAAGGGAGAAAAAAACUGGCCAUUGUGUUUUUAUGAAGGCCAUUGGAAUAAAGAGAUCCAAAGAUUUAAAUAUUUUUAUCUAUUUUGAUUUUUUUAACUUCCUC